GUCCCUUUCUGGUUGCAAGGUGGCUCGGAUGUUAAUAUCAUCCGGGGAUUUCCUUGUGUCGCCUUUUGAAAGGCUCUAGUUCCCUUCCCUCCCCAGCCCUUCAGAACUGACCCCGCUUCUGGUGACACAUCUCUGUUGGAUGCUGUGCUGUAUUUAUCUUUUUUUCCACCCUCGUUUCCAGACCUGGAUCUGAGAACCGUAUUGAGUUCACAAGACCGCGACAUAAACAUUGAGGCCAGGGAGGAGGCGAAGGGGAUCGUGCACUCCUUUUAAAACCUCAAACAUGGGAAAGUCUCUUUCUCAUUUGCCUUUGCAUUCGCAUAAAGAAGAUGGCUAUGAUGGGGUCACGUCGACAGACAAUAUGAGGAAUGGAUUGGUUAGCAGCGAAGUGCAUAACGAAGAUGGACGAAACGGAGAUGUCUCUCAGUUUCCGUACGUGGAAUUUACCGGAAGAGAUAGUGUCACUUGUCCCACUUGCCAAGGAACAGGAAGAAUUCCUAGGGGGCAAGAAAACCAAUUGGUGGCAUUGAUCCCAUAUAGUGAUCAGCGAUUACGGCCAAGAAGAACAAAACUGUAUGUGAUGGCAUCUGUAUCUGUCUGCCUGCUGCUGUCUGGAUUGGCUGUGUUUUUCCUUUUCCCUCGAUCUAUUGAUGUGAAGUAUAUUGGCGUAAAAUCAGCCUAUGUCAGUUACGAUUUACAAAAGCGAACCAUAUAUUUAAAUAUCACGAACACACUAAAUAUAACAAACAAUAACUAUUAUUCUGUUGAAGUUGAAAACAUCACUGCUCAAGUUCAGUUUUCAAAAACAGUUAUUGGAAAAGCACGCUUAAACAACAUAACUAAUAUUGGCCCACUUGAUAUGAAGCAGAUUGAUUAUACGGUACCCACAGUUAUUGCUGAGGAAAUGAGUUACAUGUACGAUUUCUGUACACUGGCCUCCAUCAAAGUACACAACAUAGUACUCAUGAUGCAAGUAACUGUAACAACGACGUACUUUGGACACUCUGAGCAGUUAUCGCAGGAGAGGUACCAGUACGUGGACUGUGGAAGGAACACAACUCACCAGUUGGCUCAGUCUGAGUAUCUAAAUGUCCUUCAGCCACAGCAGUAAAGCCUGAAGAUGUGACAGAGCAAGUACACACGCAGGUUUGCUCAGAACUGUCAGUGAGGACGCACUGCCUAGAAGGACCUCUCGAAUUGAGCAUGUCUAAAGUGUACCGUAGGACACUGAGGGCUCAGAUGACAGAAUCUGCUCCUUAGGCGGUUACUGGACUCUUAUUCUGUGUCGAUGAUUUGCUCAUACCAGGAGCCUUUAUUCGAUUGUAAGUUAACUGAUUGGCUUUCUUCUUAUCUUUGUUCCCAAGAUGAAAAGUGAGACUUCCUCUAAAUACAAUAAAUAAUUAUAUAAAAGUCAUAGACUUAAUCUAUAGCUCUAUUGAUAAUAUAGUUCAGUCAUGAACAUUAUUUGAAAAAUAACUUCUGAAGAUUUUUAUAUGAAAUUACUGAAAGUCAUGGAGGACUUUUAAAAACUAACCUGUUUUAUAAAUUCCCAUUCUUACAUGAUGGUAGUCUUUUGACUAUAUGAUCACUUAACUAUUAGCUAAAUGUUUUUAACCUUUAGUUUGUUGAAAUUCUACUCAUUUGCAUGUUUUUGUGUUAUUUUUAGCUAAUGGUUGCAUAAUAUUUACCAACCAUAACAGUAUGCAAAAUUCUGUUCUACACUUUGUAAGAACCUCUUAGUAUGUGCUUCAUGUAUAGUUUCGUGAACUUUGUGUUAUCAUCAAACAUAUUCCUUUUGUGUACAAUAUUGUAAAUAAAGUGCAUGGCUUUUAUACAGCUUUGAUAAAUGUCAAAAGACGUGGUACUGAUUGAGAAGUAAAGCAAGUUGUUCAUAAAAAAUAAAACAAGGCAAUGAAAUUCAGAAAUCUAUAAAGUAUUAGUAGAUUCUGACUACUUGUUAGAUCUGGCAUAAAAUAGAUAUAUAAUAAAACAGUUUGAUGCUUUACUUUUAUGUUGCUUUUCAUAUUAAGAAUUACAUAAAUAUUUUUCACAAUGAUUAGUUAUCAUCAAUUUUAUGAAUGCUUUAUGGAGGGAAAUUAUUUUUUACUAAAAAUUAUUCAAGAAAUGCUUUCAUUGAACAUUGAUAGCUAUAUCAAAAUAAAACCUGUAGUUUGCUUUUAAAUUUUUAGUCUUUGUAAUCAUACUGAUUUGAUGCUUCUAGCAGUUAAAUAAUUCUUCCUUUUUUAAAUUUCAUCUAGCACUAUUUUUAAGUAUGAUGGAUGUGUUCACCUUGUGACAAAUUUUGAGCCUCAUUUUCUAUAAGGUUCUUUACCUUAUUCACUCAGAAAACUCUAAGACCCUUUUAGAAAUAUAACACUAAUCAUAGGAGCUAAAUAUGAUACCAGAUGUUGGAGGAGGGCCGCUUGGCAUUUCAGCCACUCGGCCCAGAAAUAAUCACACAGAAACCAUAUUAUUUAAAUCACUGCUUGGCCCAUUAGCUCUAGCCUCUUAUUGGCUAUCUUUACAUCUUAAUUUAACCCAUUUUUAUUAAUCUGUGUAUCACAUGAGGCUGUGGCUUACUGGGAAAAGUUUCAGCAUUUGUGUCCAGUGGGGCUCCAUGGCUUCUCUCUGACUCCACCUCCUUUCUCCCAGCAUUUAGUUUUGUUUUCCCUGCCUAGCUCUCUUCUGUCCUGCUGUAAGUCUAAAGCAGGCCUUUAUUAACCAAUGGCAUUCACAACAUAUAGAGGAAAAUACCACAUCACCAGAUUAAUUUCUUUUUGUUUUCUCAUUGAAGAAAUUGGGUUUUCCCUUUCACAUACCCAAGUGCCUACCUUAGUUGUGGUGUCUAGCCUAUUUACCAGUCUGAUUCUCAAGUAUCAAACAUAAAUUCUAAUGGCUUAAUCCUGCCCUUUAAGCACAUUUAUGUCUUUCCCAUACCAUAUUGCUCACUAUGAGUUAACAUUACAAACGUAUAUUUUUUUGUGUCUUACAUUCCCAGGGGUUACAAGGCUGGCCUUCCUGUCACACCCAGACCAUAUUUGCAGUCAUUCAUUCUCCAGUCAAACCAGUCUUUGAUGGAUGCUUUCCUUUCCUGUGCUUGCUGGUCAUCCUCUCCCCCACCACCUUCCACAUUCAUUCUCCUUCAGUCUGCACAAAUUGCACAAAUGUCCUGUUGGGCUUAUUCUUUCUGUAUUAAACUCACUUCAUUAUCUGUAUUAUCUCAUUUUAAUGUAACCAGUGGCUGUGACUCAUCUGAUUUUCCUUUUGUCCAGAAAUAUUUAAUCCUAUUUCUUGAAAAAUCACUGUUAUCAGUAGUUAGGCCUCCAAGACUAUGUCUCAUCUUGACCAAUAAACUAUGUAGUUUAAUGUUUGGUCAGUUAACGUUGAUGCUUUAGUGACUUUCUAUGUGUAAAAACAAAAUGUAAAGAAAUCUUUCUGUGCUUUCUGUUGUGCUUUUCCCUACCCUUCAGGUCUCAUUUCAUGGUGUACAAAAUCAUCAUUCAUUCAUUUCUUCAGAAUCAAUCUUUCCAUAUGCAUCAUAUAGUAGUCACCUUCCGUGUUCCUUCUGUGUGUGCUUUCGUCUGGGAUUGCACUGUGUAAGUGAGAAAGUCUGUUUCACUUUCUUCUAGAGUACCUGUGGAAGGCCUGAAGGGCAGGACCGUGCAGCAACUGGAAGCAACUUUGCUCCCAGUGAUUCACUUGCAGUUUUUUCUUAACUUUAAAAAAUUCAAUUGCGUAUAGACAUCUAGGUUUAAUGUCUAGUUUUAAUGAUAUUUGAGUCAUUAAAAAAACAGUUGGAAUUUAAACCCAAGUAAAAGAUAAAAGGAAGAGAGGUGCAGAUUGCCUGAGUGUUCAAGGGGAGUCAAGUAACUCCUGGGUAGGCCAGGGUGAUAAAAAGCUGUCAUUAGUGAAACUGCAGCAAACGGCAGCAGAACCCAGGUAUUGGAGAAACUGAACAGUACCUGUAGAAGCAUUGGGAGUAUGAAUGAGACGUUGGCUUUUCUUGGGUCAGUGCUGAGUCUGACCUGGCAUGGAGAAAGGGUGGGUAUGAAUAUAUGUUUAUGAGUUCCUUCAUAACCUAGCCAGACACUUGAUGAAGACAUUAUAGUAUUGCUCCAUGUUCUCAGAAGUAAAUUCUGUUCUGUUCUAAUCCCGUACUCUCCCAGACUGUGUGGGUGUUGUGUGUACAAUACCCUGCUGUUGCUCUCCUGUCUCCUUCUCUUAUGUGAUUUCUCAGCAGGAUGCUGAGAGGAUUUGCUUUAAAAUUAUAUUUCAGCAAAUACUUUCCCUAUGGCCAGAACUAGGUUCUCUGUCUCUCAUAUUUGUGCCCUAUUAUUUAAAAUAUCUAUCAGAAAGCCAUGACUUAAUGCUGUUAAAAAUUAGAAGUGUCCAGUAAACUGGAUCAGUGGAUAAAGAUGUUGCCAAGGCUGAUGACCUGAGUUCAGUUUCUACAUCUCAUAGCAGAAGGGGAGAUCUUAGCUUCUACAAGUUGUUCUCUGUUGUCCACACACACACACAGUACACAUGUAUAUGCACACAUAAAUAACACACACACAAAUGCAUGUUAAAAUAGAAUAAAAUUUCUUGAAGUUAAUAGGGGCUAAGAUUUUGGUACCUUCAAAUUGCUAUUUAAAAUAUUUCUAAAACUAAAUUGAACAAUGUAUAUAGAAUACUUUAAAGACUACCCUGGAACUUAAUUAUUGUUUCAAUGUUUAAUACUCCUCAAAAAUUCCAAUAAAAAUAAAACCUUUUCAGUGUGAAUUAUUUAUAAGUAAGAUUAUUAUGUUUGAGAUUUGUGAUACAGUGUGAAAAUAUUACACGAGAUAAUUUCCUUGAAAUUGCUUGAAAGCCCAUAUUGAGGUAACAUUUAAUAGACCAUAACUUUAUUUUGUGCUCAGUUUUCUUUUGAUUCCUGUUUACUUGGGCUUAAGUAGCUAUUUUAUUUUUAAAAAAAGUUACAAGAAUAAAAUAUAACUUACUUCAGAUCUUGAAAUUUGCACUUAGGAAAUGGCAGUGCAGUGUACAAAGGGGUAGGAGGUGACAUCAAAACACAGGAUAAGUAAUGUCUUAGAAGACUUGAAACUUGGCCCUAAUGAGUCCUUUUUGGUUCUUAGCCUUAUUGGGAAAUAAUGUUGGAUAUUUUAUUGGCAAGUGUGUUGCUGAGUCCUUGCCAUUCUUUUUGGUUUUUAAAGUGCUUAAGUUAAUAGACAUUUAGACAAUGCUUCAUAUUUUAAAAGAUUGUUCCAUUCAUAUACUUUAAAAGUAUACAAGCUAUAGGUUUUCAAAUACAUUAUUUGUCUUUUUGGGCAAGUAAUAAGGGUUAAUCUUAAAGUUAUUGAUAUGUUAUCACAAGGUAAACUGGGUCUUUUAGGUAAGAGUUUGAGAACACUGAAAUACAACAGUUGCUUGGCCCAGAGAACAUCUUAGAGGGGCCAGCUUUAUGCCUCUCACUUUUUUUUUGUGAAACUAGGUUUUAAAUAAGAUAUUUAACUUUUUAAGAAAAAUUAUUAUAUAUCUGAGAUAGUUGGGUAAGAACCAUUAUUCAAGUUUUAUUUUUGAUCAAAACGAAUGUAUUUGUGAUAUACUUGAUCAAAAAUUUAAAUUCUAUAUCCAGGAUUUACUUACAUAGCAAUAUUCAUUCACAGUUUGUAAUUGGAACUACAUUGUGUGUCUUUGGUUUGCUUAGUUACAGGUUUCACGGAGGAAUUUUGAAACUUAUCUUUAAUUUGGGUAAAACCAAUAGUUAUAUGGUUACUAAAUGGAAUUCCCAUGUUUUCAAAUGUCAAUGCAAUCCCAUUUCUAGUUUGUUUUGUUUUUUUUUUUUUUUGCACAUUUAGCACAGCCUCCAAGUUGAACAACAUAAUGUGGUUGGUGUUCAACCCUCAAAGCACUGCAUAGAUAGCUUAGCAAGAUUAUGAGAAGCUUUUCAUAGUUGAGUCUAACUAUCCUAGAAGGAAGUUAUUGCCUUCUGUUUAAUUACAUUAAUUGAAAUGUGUUUAGGAAAAAUGUUUUCAGGAUAUUUUGUAUGCUGCAAAACACAAAAGAAUAGUAUUGUGCCAAUGGCCAAAGGUAAUAUUACUACCAUGUAGAAGUCCAAAUUGACCCACUUCACGGAGAAUUUUAGAAACUAGAAGUCGGGGGGAUGCUGCAUCAGCUGUCCUGGGUGAUUCUUAGUGCUGUCCAGGAUGAGGAGAAACAAAGCCAGGCUGUACUAGAUGCAGAGUAUUGUUACACAGAGGCUGGCUAGACUCUAAAUGUCAAUUCAAAUCGUGGAAUAGAAAAUGUAAAAUAUGUUCUGUAUACUUGCUCUUUAGUGGUCUACAUCAUGGUACAUAUAUUAAAUUUAUUAUUUGUACAAUUCAGUUCUGAAUUAUAGUUAAGAUUGCCAUUUGUGUAGGAAAAUGUGGUUAUAAUAGGAACAAAAGCAUAGACAUGCCCCUCAAUGCUAUUUUUUAAAUUCACUUGUAACUGGUACUCUUAUACUUGUGUAUGACAAAAUAAAAUUUGUAAAAUCAUUUUAGCAUGAAAAAUAAAAUUUAUAUCAAUGAA